GGGAUAGCGGCGCCGCGAUGUCGUUUGCAGGAGAGGCGGAAGUUUUGCUGCAACAAGCCACUCGGGAGAGGCUGGAGAAGUUCGCUCGGCUGAGAGGAAAAGCUGUGCAGACUGGAAAAUUCUGGGAUAUUGUUGUAAUAACAGCAGUUGACAAAAAACAAGAAAUAGCUUACCAGCAACAAUUAUCAGAAAAGCUGAAAAGGAAGGAACUCCCUCUUGGUGUUCAUUAUCAUGUUUUUGUCGAUCCUCCUGGGCCAAAAAUUGGAAACGGUGGAUCAACACUUCAUGUCCUUCAGUGCUUAGAAGAGCAUUAUGGUGAUAAAUGGGAUUCUCUUACUGUCAUGUUAAUUCAUUCUGGUGGAUAUAGUCAACGUUUACCAAACGCAAGUGCUCUAGGAAAAAUUUUCACAGCUCUGCCUUUUGGUGACCCAGUUUACCAAAUGCUGGAUUUAAAAUUGGCAAUGUACAUUGAUUUUCCCACCCAUAUGAAUCCUGGUAUUUUGAUAACGUGUGCAGAUGAUAUCGAACUUUAUAAUAUUGGAGCAACAGAAUCUGUAAGGUUUGAUCAGCCUGGAUUUACUGCAUUGGCUCAUCCUUCCAGUUUGACCAUUGGUACGACUCAUGGUGUUUUUAUAUUGGAGCCACAACUGCAUUUAACAGAAACAGGGGAACUUGAAUACAGAUCUUGUCAUCAUUUUCUGCAUAAGCCUAGCAUUGAAAGUAUGCGUCACUCUGGAGCUGUGUAUAAAAGAAGAAAUUAUCAGCCAUCUCCUGGAGGACUGGGAAAUUCAGUAGUCGAUUCUGAGUAUGUGUAUACAGAUAGCUUAUUUUACAUUGAUCACACCACCGCAAAACUCCUGUUGACAUUUUAUAAACAGAUGGGCAUGCUUUGCUGUGAAAUAGAUGCCUAUGGCGACUUUCUCCAGGCAUUAGGAACUGGAGCAACAAAAGACUACAUAAAAAACACAGAAAACAUCACAAAAGAAGAAUCGAGUCUAAUGGAAAUAAGAGAGAAGGUAUCGUCACUCCUGAAAGGGUUGCCUCUCAAUCUUAUACUGUUAAAUAACUCCAAAUUCUAUCACAUUGGGACUACUCAUGAGUGUCUGUUUCACUUCACUUCUGAUAGAAAGCUAAAAUUGGAAAUGGGUUUGCUGCCAAAUGUUUUUAGCAUCUGCCCAAACAGUCCAGAAGACUUGGGGAAAUCAGCAUGUAUUAUUCACAGUAUAGUCAGUUCAAGGUGUUCUGUUGCACCUGGGUCUCUAGUUGAGUAUUCUAGACUUGGACCUGAGGUCUCAGUGGGAAUGAAUAGUAUUAUUAGUGGUUGUUGUAUUGACACAAAAGCAGACAUACCACCAAACACUUUCUUAGCUACCCUAAGCAUGAGGAUUGAUGGAGAACUAAUGUAUGUGAGCAUGGUGUUUGGUAUAGACGAUAACAUGAAAAAGCAUGUGACAAAUCUGGCAGAUAUAGACUUCCUAAGGUUUUUUGGAAUCAGCCUUGGACAGUGCUUAGAGCUCUGGGGUCUAAGAAUUUCAGACAAGCUCUUUUCUGGUGACACGACAUGUCUGGGUUUAUGGACAGUUCGGAUUUUCCCUGUUUGCUCCACUUUAAGUGAUUCAGUGAAAGUGUCAUUAGGGAUUUUGAACUCUGUGCAGAACAAGUCACCUUUUAAAUUGAAUGUUUUUAAGCUCUUGUCUUCUGUUGAAGAAAUGCUUCUCUACAAAGAUGUAGAAGACAUGUUGAAGUUCAGGCAGCAACUUUAUGAAGAAAUCAGUCUGCAGAAACUGGAAGAGAAAUCUGAUUUAUAAAAGUGUAUGAAAGUGGUACAUUUCCCCCAUUCUUUAAUUUGAAGAGGAUUGAUUGCUUUCAAGCUUAGAGAAACCCAGAAGCAAGUACUAUACACAUUUGUGUGUGUUUCAUUGAAGUAGAAAUAAUGAAACUGCAUUAACAGUGUUAUUGUAGCAUAACAUUAAUAAUGCAAAAAUGCAGAUAAACUAUUCUUUUGAUGAAAAAAUUAAUGAAAUAUUUCAAAUCUAUAAAAACACAAAGAGGCAAAUUUUCUUAGCUGCCCAUUAUUAUUAUUAUGUUUUCCAUUUUUAUUAAUUCAAGUGGGGAACGGAAUUUAUUAAUUUGAAGUUUGAUUGGAAGCCACUUAAAAGUUUUUCAAAGAAGAAUGUUACCUCUAGCAACAUUUUUCCCCUUAGGUUUAUUCUAAGUUGGCAAAACAGUUGUGUAUUUAAACAUGUUUGCUCACAGCUUUGCUGGUUGAGACAUCAUAAUGAAAGUUAGUGUGCAUGUUCAUGGCACUAUGCUAUGUCCAUGUGCAACUCUUGGCUUCAUCCCCACAUCUGUUUUCAAGGCAGCGGUCAAGGGAAGCAAAGUAAACAACUGUACAAACUGAAGAAAAGCCUCCCAAACACUGCUUCAGAAGUUACAUUAAUAUUGGUUCAUCUAAAAAAAAAUUUUUUAGUGAUUCCCAUCUUGCAAGUUUGGAGACGUAAGUUUCAGCUGUGAUAAGUAGGGGUGUGCACGGACCCCCCGCUCCGCCCCGCGGGCCCAUCCGAAAAUUUUGGGUCGGCCCGCUCCGCGCCGCCCAUACUCUGCUCCUCUUCGCCGCGGAGC